AUGGAGCAGGCUAUAGAGUUUGAAUGGCUGCCUACCCGAUGUUCGCUUUGUAAAAGCUUUGGUCAUUUUGAUGCUAGCUGCAAGCGUGAUCAGGGGACUGUUUGGAGGAAAAAGGAUAAGAAGUCUGGCCUGGAGAAUGGGGAGACUGAGGGUUCUCAUGUUCCUUCUGCUUCCAGUUCUGAAACUUUGUCCAAAGCUCCUCAAGAUUUGGCGUCUGGAAAGGUUGUACAGCCAGAAAUAUUAAAGGAGAAUAGUAGCUCUAAAGCUGGACAGGAGAUAAAGUGGACCACACCAAAAAAAGUGGGAGGAUCUAAACAAAUUGCUCCAGCAACUCAGAAUUUGAGGACUAACAAGGGCCUGAAUAAAAGAAAUAAGCAGAGGUCUUUGAUAGACUUUUGCAAGCUCAAUAAAAUUGGCUUACGAGCUUUUCUUGAAACUAAAUUGAGGGGUAAUAAGAUUAAGGACCUGAUGCAGAAUGUUUUCAUGGGUUGGGACUGUUUUAGUAGCCCCACUGUGGAAGGUAGGAUAUUAUUAGUUUGGAAGGUUGAUAUUGUUUCCCUUAGUAUUAUUCAGGAAGAUGACCAGUUCAUUCAUUGCUGUGUGAAGAUUAAGGGUGUUACUCAGAAGUUUUGUUUGACUCUUGUGUAUGUGCUUCCUUGGUUAGUAGUUGGAGAUUUUAAUGCAGUUUUUGACUAUGAUGAUCAUAUUGGUAGUCGUCCUGUUACUAAGUUGGAAUUGGAAGAUGGUCAUCAUUGGAGGGUUUGUUCUAUGCUGGAUGAGUUACGCUCGAGUGGUUCCCAUUACACCUGGUCUAAUAAACAAAUGGAAGGAACCAGAAUAUUCUCUAAAUUGGACAGAGUGUUCAAUAAUGAAGCUUGGGUAGAUGCCUUUCCUGAUUCUGAAGCUUGUAUUAAUUGGGAUGUCAUCUCUGACCACUGUUGUUGCCUUAUCAAAACUGUUCAUGUUCAGAUCUUAGGGGUCCGACCUUUUAGAUAUUUUAAUAUGUGGGCAGAUCAUCAGGAUUUUAGAAGUACAAUUCUUUGUAAUUGGUCUGAACCGAUUGCUGGUUCUGAUUUGCAGCGGAUUAUUAAGAAAUUAAAGAGGUUAAUACCUAUUUUGCUUCAGUUUAAUAUAAUGAAAGUUAGAGAUGUAGCUGUGCAAUUUUUUGAAGCUAAAACUGAAUACCAGCAAGCCCAGCUAUCUUUACAACAAGACCCUUCUUUGAGUCCUCUUCAGCUGGCUGAAAAAGAGGCUUAUAUCGAGUUUGGCCGUCAGUCCAGAAUGUAUGAGAGAUUUCAUAGACAAAGGAGCAAAAUUACUUGGCUUAGAUUUGGAGAUGAGAAUACUUCUUGUUUUCAUGCUAGUCUCAAGCAGAGGAAAAUUGGAAAUCGGAUUACUUCAUUCAUGAAUGAUGCAGAGCAAGAGUGCUUCCAACAAGGGGCUGUUUUGACUCUAGAGCAACAACUUGAUCUAUUAAUGCCUUUUACCAAGAAGGAUGUUAAGAAUUCUUUAUUCAGUAUUCACUCAAUCAAGAGUCCUAGAUCAAAUGGAUAUGGUUCAGGCUUCUACAAAUCUUUAUGGAAGAACAUAGGGGAUGAAAUUUCAGAGGCAAUACUGACAUUCUUUUAUCGAGGAGAGAUUCCUCAUGAACUUAACAAUACAAUCAUAUCCCUCAUUCCUAAGGUAGAUACUCCCGCUAAAGCUACUGAUUAUAGACCUUUUGCUUGCUGUAACACACUUUAUAAAUGCAUUUCAAAAAUGCUUUGUUCUCAGUUGACUAAAAUUCUUCCUGUGAUUGUCCAUCAAAACCAAGGAGCUUUUAUUAAGAACCACUUGCUUGUGCAUAACAUUCUUAUUCUCCAAGAUCUCCUUCAAGGCUAUACUAGGAAGAAUGUCUCUCCCCACUGCUUGAUCAAAAUUGAUCUUAGCAAGGCUUAUGAUUCUCUUGAUUAG